AUGCGCUUGUGUCUCCGCAACACUGGCGCUCGUGACUGAGAAUGUAAGUGCGGGGAAGAAUGUCGGAUAGGAUGGAGCGUACUGGAGGAACUUUCUCUGUUAAAUCAGCCAAAACAUAAAAGAGACAUAUAUUCAACUUGAUCGCGAUUCAGUAAAGGAGAAAGAACUCUUUAAUCGCUUUUUAAAUCGUCUUGGUUUGGCUCGUGUGGUUCACCUCUGGCGAGCGAAGCCGAAUGUUGGUGGAUAGAAGCGCAAGCCGUGCACACAGGAUCGGAGCGUAGAGAGACGGGAGUCGGGCUAGGCAGGUAGACGGUUACCGUAUACCUUAAGGGGAUGUUAUCGGUACUUUCCUAUGGCAGGAUUGUUGCCAGGGCUGUCCUGGGCGGACUCUCGCAAACAGACGGCAGAGACUAUAUCCUGAUCACGGCGAGCUGCGGCUUCGGAAAGGACUUUCGCAAGGGGAUCCUGAAGAAAGGGAUGUGUUACGGGGAUGAUGCAUGCUUCAUAGCCCGGCACAAGUCUACUGAUGUACUGGGUGUUGCGGACGGCGUGGGGGGCUGGAGGGAUUACGGCGUGGACCCGUCCCAGUUCUCCACCACUCUGAUGAGGACGUGCGAACGGCUUGUGAAGGAGGGCCGAUUCACUCCCAGCAACCCCGUGGGCAUCCUCACGACCGGCUACUAUGAACUCUUGCAGAACAAAGUGCCUCUGUUGGGAAGUAGCACAGCUUGUAUAGUCGUACUGGACCGUCGGAGUCACAGGCUACACACCUGUAACCUGGGAGACUCGGGCUUCCUGGUUGUCCGGGGCGGAGAGGUCGUCCAUCGGUCAGACGAGCAGCAGCAUUACUUUAACACACCCUUCCAGCUGUCCAUUGCCCCGCCGGGGUCAGAGGGCAUCGUGUUGAGUGACAGUCCUGAAGCUGCAGAUAGCUCCUCGUUUGAUGUCCAGUUAGGGGACAUAAUCCUGACCGCUACUGACGGCCUCUUUGACAACAUGCCUGACUACAUGAUCCUGCAAGAGCUCAAGAAACUUAAGAACACCAACUAUGAUAGCAUCCAGCAGACUGCUCGCAGCAUCGCUGAACAAGCUCACGAGUUGGCCUACGACCCCAACUACAUGUCCCCUUUCGCCCAGUUUGCCUGUGACAAUGGGCUGAAUGUAAGAGGGGGGAAGCCUGAUGACAUCACAGUGCUGCUGUCCAUUGUGGCAGAAUACACAGACUGAGCACCCUUGUUGUAGCUCGGUCCUCUUACUCCCUGUGUCUUCCACCCCUCUUAUAUUGCACUGCUCCCCGUCCAUCAGCCUUUCCAUUCUUCCAUUUCUUCCGCCGCGAGGAGGAUUGCAUGAACUUGAUGGUAUGGAUAGUGAUGCAAGCGGUACACACAGUCCAAUUGAUGACCUCACUUGUGCCCAAAUGGAUUGUGGCAUUUAUUCAACACGUGUAGUACCCGAGUCAUUUCUAGAUGUCGAAAAAGCCCUUCGUAAGUCUAGCGUAUUUACGAGUCCUGUGCGCUUUGGUGAAGAAAGUUGUGUGUUGCCCGAUAAGGGUGUGUGUUUGAUAUGCCAUCACAAAUGAAAAUGAAGUAUGUUUUGCUAUUUGGUGUGUUGUCUGUCUUGAUGGAAAAAACUGAAUAUUGAUGACGCCUAUAUGCUGGACUUCUAUAUGUGUAAUAAAAGUCCUGUUUGGUUGUCACUCAGCGUCUGGAAGGUGUAAUAGAGGGAUGAAAUGCAGGUACUUCAGGAAGGGCUGGUUCAAGAAUUUAGCGUGAGGUCUCGGUAAAGACGUUCAAAGAUGGGCAUAAAUGUACAGCUUGUGUUGAUUAUAUAAGAUUCUUAUGUAAACUGCACAGACGUCAUAGCAGGGAAUAUCACAGUCCGCUGAAACACACACACCUGCGUAUGGGGGCAGUGAAUGUUAACUGUAAUGCGUUUUUUGGAUGUACACUCACAUGACUUCACCCUUGAGCGUUGAGCUGGGAAGUCUACACGCAGAAAUGGCGAGCAUCUGGCAAUGCUUUUCAUGACAAUGAGAGGUCAGGUAUAUAAAUAAAUGUUUUAUUUUUAUAACUAUUUCGGUUUUAUUGGACGAGGUUUUAAAGGAGAUGUUGGGGAAUGUUGGUCUUUAUGGAUCGAAUAUGUGGUUUGUUUAACGCUUUUAUUUUCCGUGUUCCUCUAGAUUGGUUCUAGGGAACACUGUCACCUACAUGUGCUGCUUUGAUUUUGUAAAUUAUAAAAGUGUGAUUGACAACGUUAUUUAUAUGAAUGUUUUUACCUGUAGGCCUACAAUGAAAAUGGGUAGAGCUCAUGAUGUCUUCAUUUCACAAAAGCAACGGAUCGUGUUAGUGAUGCACCAAAAUUUCGGCUGCCGGAAUAGGCAUUAUCGAAAGAAAAAAAUAGGCCAAAAUAUCAUACGCUCGCUCUAGAUGUUAUCAAAGGACGAUAAUGUCAGAGCGCCAUUAACAAAGGAUGAAACUAAUAAAUACAACAAACGGCUCAAACUCAGCGGACAGAAAAUGAGACGCAAGAGAGCUGCAGAGUUUGACUUUAACGUAACUACUAUAUGCUUAAAAUAAUUCCAGAAUUUAAACUACAAUGUUCAGAUGAUUGGUAAAAAUAAGUUAUAUUUGAGUGACCAAGGAAAGAUAAUAUAUUUUGUAUUGUUUUAAAAUAUGGUCUCCUUACAUUUAAUGGGUUUAAUGUUUACAAUUAAUACAGUUAAAGAAUUUCAAGUAAUUUUCGCAAUCGGCUUUCGGCCAAGUACAUCCUUAAUUUUCUGUAUCGGUUUCGGCCCACAAUUUUCAUUUCGGUGCAUCACUAGGUCGUGUGAUUGGGUAAAAUGGAUAAAACGCUGCACAAAUUAUGUAAACCAUAUACAUUUUUGGACAUAUUUGUAAAACAAAGCAAAUUAUCUUUUUUUUACUUGGAAUUUUAUUAAACAUAUCUGUUAUAUAUUGUGCAUGUUCCGGAAUGGCAAACCAUAGUCAAGCAUCCAUUCCAUGGAUAAAAAUUGCUUUUAAGUUUUCCGAAUCUGUAUACUACUUAACCUAGAGAUGGAAUUAUUGACACGGUUAGUCAUCUAACUACCAACCAGUUGUUUUAUGAGGUUCAUUUGUUUGGUCCGGUGCUUUACCAGGCAUAAAUGAAAAGCUACGAGAGGGUUUUGAGAUUUCAUUUCAAAUAAUCCAAAACUGUGAGUUAUGGAAAUAUGUUGUUUUGCUAAACCCUCACCUCUCAUACCGUACAUGGAACUCACUUUUCGAGGGAUUUAAAUGUUCCGUUGUACAUAAAUCCAUGGGUCUAGUUCUCCAUUAAUAUGUAGACCGAGAUCAGCCUAUCCUUUAAAGUUUGUGCCUGCAUCAUAAUUCGACCCUGCCACAUGUAACGUCUUGUGGAUUGUGGUCAUAUUGAGGUCAUUGUCUUGAUCCACAUUGAGUGAAGAAAACCAAAGCAGGAAAGCCAUAAGACCAGCUUGACCAAGUUAUUCUCAUCGAGCGUCUCAUCCUAUCAGACUGCAAUCAAAUCUUUAAAUGUCGAGAGUUUGUGAUGGAGUUACUGUGCUUUGUCUCCUUUUUUUUGAUGUAUGACCCAACUAAUCAUCAUAUAUUUAUGUCAUGUUAAUGUUUGUUAAGCUGUCAUAUUUUAAAGAUGAACUGCUAUAUUUCUGUACCACAUAUGUAUGGUUUAAAUGGACAAAACAAAGUUGGCUCAACCAAUAAUGUGAGUACUGUAAAACUGUAUUGUUUGGUGGUGAAGGAAUGACGUUCUUUACCUUUAACCAGCGUGUCAUUGCAUGAUAUGAUCGUGACUGAACUAGUUUUGUAUGUUGAGUUUUGCUGCUGUCGCACAUAAAAUACAUUUCCCCUGUUGUUGCAUCCUACAAACAUCACAUACGUUGUCCUUACAAAAACAACUACGUUUGAGUCAUUUCAAAGCAUCUGCCUCCCUUGGGCUCAUAAUGACUGAAUGCUUAUCCACACAAACGCACCAUAAACGCCUUAAAAUCUCACAGUGUCCCAUGCAGAGGCCUUCGUGUGGCAAAGCUUUCGUGUCUCGUCUGGGUGUCGCUAACGGCAGUGUCCUCGAUUCAAUUUGUGUUCACUCUGGAUUGUCUGUUCCUCUGGAUGGUUUCUAUGGUGCUUCUGCAGUCUAUAUGAGUGUCUAAAGACCGUCUCUAAAGCAGACAAUGUUUGAAUGAGAACUAUACUUUUUGUGUGUACAGUGUAACAAUGCAACAGUUCCUGUAAAUAUGUUUUCCAAGUUGUAAAGUAUUUAAAUAAAAAACAUGGUAUUUAUACUAA